UAUUUUUGACAUUCUUGACAAAUAACACAAUUUGUUUACAAUUUUACUCGAACGAGUAGAUUUUUAUUAGUUUUGAAUAAAUUUGUGCUUUAUUUUGAGCUUAAAAUUAACUGAAAAUGUCGACAUCACUUGAUUCAGCCUUGGAUCCAAUGGAGGAGAUACGUUUUAGAAAAAAACAUGGCUCUAUGUGGAUGGAAAUACAAAAAGAUACGCACUUCACUUUUGAUGAAUUAGAAAAAAUAAUGGUUAUAUUUUUCAAGAUACAAAAGCGCGACGAAAAGCCGGCUGCAUCCGAUUUAAUAUCUAGGUCACAUUUCAGAGAUGUGCUUCAUACUGGUUUAGGCAUGACGGAUUCAUACAUGAUGGAACGUGUGAUGGUAGCUCUCGACCGAGGCACGUCUCCUUACGUUACGAUGGCAACUUUUGCAAAGGCUAUAUCAUUGUAUUUACGUGGUGAUAUUGAAGAACGUAUCGCUUAUGCGUUUACAUGUUACGAUCUUCUCGGCGAAGGUCACUUAAGAAGAGAAACGAUGUAUCAGCUCAUGAAGAAGAGUCUUGCGAAAGCGUCUAGAGAUGAUGACGUCGAAGAGGCGGUCAAGGAACUCGUUGACAUUAUGUUGAAGCGUAUGGAUUUGGAUCACGAUGGAGUGAUUAAUUUUACUGAUUUUAGACAAUGCGUCCUGACCACUCCGUCGUUAAUAGAGAGUCUAGGCUACUGUUUACCAGAGAGACCAGCUGUGUAUGCAUUUUUGGGAACUUGGUGUCCAGAUUGGGGAAAAAUGUGAUUGAAUAAAUUAAACAUAAAAUAGAUCGAGUCAUGUUUACAUGUUUCAUAAAAAUGAUUACGAAAUUCUAUUCAAAGUAAAGGAUAAAAAUAGAAAA